GAAAAAUAAAAUCAUUUAUUCCAUCUAGACUUUAUGCAUUUAUUUUCAUUCGCAUCCUCUUAAACUUUUCUUGGGUGUCAUCAUGUCCAGCCCUUGUUACCAUUGUUACUGUCACUCUAUACUCAUAACCCUGUAGGCAACUCUCUUGACCUUAUGUUGUAUUUUUAUUAGUGUCAAAUAUCAACAGCAAAAUUUCUGACGAAUCAAUCAAUAACACAAGUUGGACAUGGUCAAAAGAUAUAGUAAAAAAAUUCAAAAUGAUGGUAAGCUUUAGUGGGUAGUGAGAUCCCUAUACCUAAGCUAAGCUGUUUUACAACCCACAUGAUAUGGCUCUAGUGGAUGUCACCAAUAUGAUUAAGGGUUUGGUUUGUAUCCCCGAGUGUUGUGUUCUCAGUUCAUGAAGUUUUAUUCAAAUAAUUUUGUCUUUUUUUCUUCAUCUAAAGAAUAUUAUUGUUAUUUAAUUCAAAUUAAUAUAUAUCGCUAGCUCCAAAAAUGGGAAAUUCACAUAGUACCAAGGCCAAAUUCAGGUCAGGAAAAGAGGCCAAGAUUGUCCGAGGUGAGCUCUGAUGAGAUGAGAUGAGAUGAGAUGGUGAGCUCAUCAAUUUUUUAAUUAUUUUUUAAAUGUUGAAAUUAUUAUUAUUUUAUUUUAUUUUAAUUGCGGUAAUUUUUUUAAAAUUGAGUUUAAUUUUGACAGCCCUCAAUUUUCCCGCUAUAUUAUCCUUUUUUUUCAAAACUUUCUUCCUUCCUAAUCUAUUCGAAACGAUAACCAGUCUCUUCUCCAAUGGAAAAUUCACUCCAAAACACGCACGUAAAGCUGCUAGCUUUCGAUCUCCUCUCUCUCACUCCCACGCCGGACCCAACUAUCUUCUCUCGUCUCGGCAAACUCCUCCUUUCACGCGUCGAAAUCCUUGGCACAAUCACCUCACGUGACUACAAACCUAACAAAUUCCUUAAAUUCACCAUCGACGACGGAACCGGCUCCGUUUCCUGCCUUCUCUGGCUUAACCACCUCAACUCCCCCUAUUUCUCGCGCCGCGACCCAUCAACUGUUCGAUUAAUUGCCAACGUGGCCGCCGGCUUUGCCCCGCAGAUUAAAGUCGGUGUUGUGUGUAGAGUGCGAGGGAAGAUUGGUAGCUAUAGAGGUGAGGUGCAGGUUACCGUUUCUGAUAUUGUGAUUGAGAAAGACCCCAACAUGGAGGUCCUUCAUUGGUUGGAUUGCAUGAGAUUGGCUCGAAAAUGUUAUGAUGUUGAAAGUAAAUUAAAUUAAUCAGCUGGUCAGUGUCUCAAAGAACAUAUUGGAAAAUUAAUCAGCUGAGCAGUGUUAAUUAAGAUAUGGAAAUGAUCUCUAAGCUGUGGUGAAAAAUUAAAUUUUAGAUUUAAUUUUAGAAUGAUAUGGAGGCCUGUUCCUUGACUUUCAUUUUUGUUUGCAAUUUAGAGCUUUUGUAAUGUCCAAUUGCUUUUUCCUUAAUGAUUUUUCUGUUGCUUUCUGAAAAAUUGAUGGCAAAAGUUAAGGGAGCCAGAUGUGUGAAUUGGGCAGAAACUGAAGAUUUUAGUUAAGGGAGCCAGAUGUGUGAAUUGGGCAGAAACCGAUGAUUUUGGGUACCAUUUCUGCACUACAAUUCUGGGCUGCUCUUUUUAAUGGAUUACUGUAAAUACCAGUGUACAAGUCUUUUCUCUAUAUCAAGUUUUGAAGAAAUGCAAGGCUAGAGCGAGUUGAUACAAAUUAACAGUUGGUGAUGGUUUCAAUAAGUUGAGUUUGCCAGAGUUAGGUAUUUGAGAGAUUGAUUCUUUGUUGCUGAGGUCAUGUUCAUAACAAGUAUAAGUGGUCCUCCUUACAUAUUUAUGGUGUUAGAAAAUUGAUAGGUACUUCGAUGUUGAAUGCUCCUUUAUAGCAUGAUGACUUGUUUUUAGCUCUAUAUCUUCUUUGUGAUACAUAGAGUGAGCCAUUUAUUAAGAGCAUGAUGAGUGUAAAGAACUUUACUAUGAUAUUUAGACCAAGUAUAGUGAGUUAUGUGUAACCAGCAUCGCAUUAAGUAUAUGUUUUACUGUCAUUGAAUCAGUUCAUUGUGAAAGCUAUAUCCCACCAAGUUUUCUUUAAUAGUGGAAUACAAAAGCAGUUUUUGCUCUUUCUUAUCAAA